CUGUAGAAGAGUGCACCGAGGGAGAGACUGUGGAUAUCCAAGGAGACAGUGGUAUAACAUGGUAUAUAAGACCAAUCAGGCAUAAAUAUUGUCAUGAAAGUUGGAGCUCUGCUGUUUUCAGUUGUGUAAUCCUGAUUUGGUCCCGGGCCAAGGAACAUGAUACUACCCUUACAAGCUGAAAUGCCUUGAGGACCUUGGCUCUGCAUUCAUUCCUCCAGAAGCAAUGGUUUUCUCUGCAGUGUUGACGUCUGCCCAUUCUAGGACAUUGAAUGCUACUUUUAUUGUCUAUGAAAAUGCCUAUAUGAAUGUUACCACUCUCCAAUUUUUGCUUCGUAGUGGCACGACACAGCCAUUGAAACACAGUUCAGGGACCAUGGUCACCACUGAGAUAAGUACUUUACUAGUGAACCCUACAGCUAUCCUGCCAACACAAGACGUUUUCAAGAGCUUGAGUCUGCCACUCCAGAUCAUUCUUUCUGCUGCUAUGAUAUUUAUACUGUUGGUUUCUUUUCUUGGGAACUUUGUUGUCUGCCUCAUGGUCUACCAGAAGGCUGCCAUGCGAUCUGCAAUUAACAUUCUCUUAGCAAGCCUGGCUUUUGCAGAUAUGUUGCUUGCGGUGCUGAACAUGCCUUUUGCUCUGAUAAGCAUCAUUACCACACGAUGGAUUUUUGGAGAUAUCUUCUGCAGAGUCUCUGCCAUGUUUUUCUGGCUGUUUGUCAUAGAGGGGGUGGCCAUCCUACUCAUUAUUAGCAUUGAUAGAUUCCUUAUUAUAGUUCAGAGGCAAGAUAAGCUGAAUCCUUACCGUGCAAAGAUUCUCAUUGCUGUUUCAUGGGCUGCAUCCUUUGUUGUGGCUUUUCCAUUAUCUGUGGGGAACCCCAACCUGCAGAUACCUUCUAGAGCACCUCAGUGUGUUUUUGGCUACACCACUAGUCCUGGCUACCAGGCGUAUGUGAUACUAGUUGUACUAAUUUCUUUUUUUAUUCCAUUCAUAGUGAUGCUGUACUCUUUUAUGGGCAUACUCAACACCGUACGCCACAAUGCAGUUCGAAUCCACAGCCAUCCGGACAGCAUAUGCCUCAGCCAGGCCAGCAAGCUUGGUCUCAUGAGCCUUCAGAGACCUUUUCAAAUGAACAUUGAUAUGAGCUUUAAAACUCGUGCCUUCACAACCAUAUUGAUUUUGUUCAUCGUUUUCAUAGUCUGUUGGGCGCCCUUCACCACUUAUAGCCUUAUUGCCACAUUCAACAGUCACUUUUAUCACAAGCACAACUUUUUUGAGAUAAGCACUUGGCUCCUUUGGCUCUGCUACCUCAAGUCUGCACUGAACCCGUUGAUUUACUACUGGAGGAUUAAGAAAUUUCAUGAUGCAUGCUUAGAUUUAAUGCCCAAGUACUUCAAGUUUUUGCCACAGUUCCCCGGUCACACAAGGAGACGCAUUCGGCCAAGUGCCAUCUAUGUGUGUGGGGAGCACCGGUCGGUCGUGUAAAAUUGCAGCUAUUUGACAUGACGAUUAUUUUCUGGGAUUUGUUUUUAUGUAUUGUUUUAUUUUAAUAUGGCUCCUUCAACUGCCAUAUCUUAUAACUUAAGUAUGGUUUUCCAAUAUCUUGUUCAAUUUUAUGGAAAAACGUGAUUGAUUAGAACUGGGUUUACUGUCGGAAACAAUGUAAACAAAAUUACAAAUAUUACCUCCAGGAUUCAGUGGAAACCCAGACAUUUUUUUAAAUUAGAUUUCUAAUAUUUUGUCAGUUUUCUGCUUAUUAAGCCUGCAAUUGUAUCUAAUUGUAGGGUUUUUUAUGCUGCUAUGGUACAGUAUAUUUAAUUGGUGUAAUUUUUCUGAAAAUGUUGCUGCUUUCUGCCAAGACAUUAGAGCCAAAAAGUCACAUUUAGGUAACUUCUAUUUAAUUUUAACAAAAUUUCAAGAAUUUUGAUGAUGACAUUAGAACAUUUAAAAAAUAUUUCCAUUAAUAUUUUGUGCACUUUACAAAACUUGCUACAGAAUCUGUUUUUCAGAAUGUUUGUGUUGCCUGUGGAGGAGGUUUUUACAUAUUAUAGUGGUAGUUUAAUGAAAUAUCGGUUUAGUUUCUAGAGGGCAGAUUUACAUUGGUGUAUCUAAAACUACAGUUACUGAUUUGAUGGAUAUUGUUCCUGAAAAUUAACCUGAUGGGAUAUUAACUCCUUCAUCCUGGUGAAUGAGGAAAUGGAGGCAGAAUGAAAAGAAAAAAUAUCAUUGCACACAUUUUAAUAUUUUGGUGGUUAUGAAACUUCCAAAUCUAUUGCUAUGUUCAAAAGUCAAAGUUAUAAAUUUUGGCUGUCAUCCUGUGACUUACAGCAUGUGGGCAGACAAAUGUUCCCAUUCAGAGCCCUAAGGAAGUCAGUGGGAGUCUUUGUGAGUGGAAUGCUGCACCCAGGCAAUCUAAAUGGGCAGGAUCAAGGCCUGGGAGAGUCUAUGGUCAAGGAAUAAUUGGAAUAGGUGUUUCUGGGUCAAAAAAAAAAAGCACAUGAACUAUUAUUUUGGUCUGGGGCAAUAAUAAACACCUUCAUCUAAAGACUGGCCACAGUCCUACAAUUUAUAACCACAACAAAAAUUGAGAUAAUCUUUCCAUGAAAUAAUCUGAUUUGUAAUUAUAAGAAGUUGGGGAGAUGGUUUAACAAAUGGGGAAAGGUUGGGAAGCUAGUUCAGAAUUUAUAAUGGUGAGUUGGGCAGUGGGGCUUGAGUGGGAUCAAAUAAGUCAAAUUCCCUACCUCUCUCCUGUAUUUGUUUAUGUUGUUUUUCUUUGCCAUCUCCCACUCACAUGCCCACUGCCCCACUAAUUUACUAUGUAUUACAAAUCAGCUUAUUUAGUGGAAGCUUCUUUCCCUGGAAUGCCACACCAUCUCUUGGAUUCACACCAGGUACUGACUUUGCCUUUCUCGAUAACUGCCUUGAAAAUAUCCAUUCUUAUUUGAGAAUAGGAAAAAUGUCGGUGGAUUUCCCUCAGUGAUCGUAAUCCAGGUAUGUAUUUUUAUCAACUACAUAAACUUGUAAAUGACAGGUGAAUCGGAUAAACGGGAAAAUUUGUGGCAUUUAAGUGACAGCCCUGAAUUGGGCAUCAGGGUGGAGACAAGCACUACCACAGGGGAGAUUGUGCUUGUGGAAGAUAAAGUCUCUUCUGGGAUGAAUUUGUGCAUGGGAGGAGUGCAGCCUGCUCCCUCCACACACAAUCCCAUUGGCUACAAAUUGAAGGAGCAGAUUGCACCAGCCCUGCUCCAAGUAGGGGAUACAGUCAUUGCCCUGCUACCUUCCUACUCCCUUUUUCAGCAUCCUGCUCUCCGGGAGUAAGCAGUCCCUGUGCUCUCCAGAGUACGGUGUCAGUUCUUUCAAGUGUCUCCUUCUAAGCUGCAUAAGGUGUGCGUGCAUGCAUGCGUACUGCAUAAGGUGUGUGUGUGUGCGCACAAAGAAGCUUCUUGUUCUGUAUGAAUGCAUAGGGACCACUCACUAUCUGAAGAGUAUUGUCUGGAUUAGAUUUUAUGAAGCUAUUUAGUGAAGGUCUAAGACCAUUUUCAAAGUAAUCUCUACUCCUUUCACCUAAAAAUAUUGAUAAAAGGGUAUAUGUAUUUUGAACAUAUUAAAGUAGGAAUUUUGUCUUGAUUUUUAUUUCAGUUUUAAAUAGUAUCUUGUUUUGAACAUGUAAAUGCACUGCCACUCAAUGCAGAUUUGACAAGGCUGUGGGCUUUCUAGCCAAGGCACCAGGGCUAAGGUGUUGUUAAAAUGAAGAGGCCCCUUGAAGUCAGCUCUUACAUCCACAUAUAAUUCUUCUGGUGGCAUACUUGAAACAAUUAUCCUCUGAUCAGAUGACAGGCAACAAUGGAGUUUUAGAGCAAAAAUCUUGUUUUUUUUUGUGUUCCUCUUAGAGUACAACUCUUGUUUUUAAUGAAUUUUGCAUCUGUGGCUCCAGUUUAUGGCCGGGCUUGAUUUUGUAUUUCAGAGCUAUCCACUCAUUUUCUCUCUGAAAACAGAAAAAUUGUGCUUUAACUAAUGUCAUAUAAUAGGAGUACACACACUCUACGACUGGCAGGAACAAAUAUUUUUGCUCUGUCUUCCAGAGGAACAGAACUGGUUUGAAUGGAUGUAAUAAAAUAUAAUAAUUCAAGGAGGAAAGAAGAUGACUAAUCCAGUGAGGUUAGUUAAAUGAUUCCUUGAAGGGGGAACAUGACCUUUCGGGGAUUUUGUAAUCUCUGAUCUGUGCAAACUGUGAAGUAGAAAUUGCAUCUGUCAAAAAUGUGAUUUGUCUUGGUAAUGCAAUGUUUAAGCCCACAUUGGAUCAUGUUCUCUUCUCAAUGCUUGAUCUGUUAAUGUCAGCUAGUUGCAUUGGGUCAAAUUCAGAGGUGUCUUAAAGUGGGGGUGAAACAUACAAAUGGAAUAGGUUUUGGGGAUUGGGAGGCUAGCAGAAAAACAAAAACAGCUAACCAAGAGGGAGUACAGUAAAGUAAAGGUGACUUGCUCAGUAUAAAAAUCAGGCCAGUUUACCCCAAUGUGUUAUUUACAGAACCAGUUUGCUUAUUUUGUUCAAUUGGCUGUUACAGAGCAGUGCCUUGUUAAUUUCAGUUGAAUUCUUAGGAUCAAGAUAAAGAUUGAUAAACUGCUUACUCUCGCUGGCUAUGAUCCUGCAAACACAUGAUAACUUUACACACAAGUGUUUGCAGUAUUAGGGCAAUUGUGUAAGAGAAAUUUUAACUUGCACUGGGGCAAAGGGGGGGGGGGGGUUUAAAAUCUGAAAUUAAUUUGAUCCUUUUUAAUUUUAGGAGAUUACAAUAUUAUUCUUCCUUUCCAAAAAUGACUUUUUUUUUAUUUUUACUCAUGACUGAACUGUGUUCCCUUCUAUUAUAUUCUGAAGAUUCUUUGGUAUUGAAAAUGAAAAUGAAUGUAUUUUUUAUUACUUUGCAGUUAUCUCAGUGUUGUUCAGUCAAAGCAUGAAGCUGUCACAACUUUCAUGUGUACAAAUCUGUUGCUAAAAUGAGUUUUUUAUACUCUUAAGGGAUGUUGCAUUUCUUGGAUAGUUUUACUACUUAUGUAAAGGUAUUUAGUUAUAUAGAGAAGAAAAUGCUUUUUCUCUUUUCUUCCUCUGUUGAUUUUCAUUUUUAUGCUUGAUACUUUUAUAAUUUCUUUUAUUUGGUUUUGUGCUUACAUGACUGCCAGAUUUUAAUGUUCUUUCUAAGAACAUGAGAGAUUUUUCAUUCUCAAGUCAUGCAAUGUUGCCCUCCUUGAAAGGUUUAUUGGUUUAUUUUUAUGUGAAAGCAGAACUCCAGAACACACAUUUGUUGCAGUGAAAAGGGUGAAGAAUUUCUUAAAAGUCAGGUUUUCCUGGAGCCACUACUUUGUCAUUAUGAACUGGUUUAAUCUUUUUGAGCAGUAGUAAUUUACCUAUGUGCAGAAACCUUGAAUUUAUUGUUUUAAAAACAAAUUGUUAAGUAGAAUUGUGUUGUAUUUUCUGUACAUAUCACACCCAUGAAAAUAACUCAAAAACAAAAAAGGAAAAUAAACAUGAACAUUCUUCAA